CAUUGCAUCAGGCAGACCCAGGCAUGGCCAGCAGGAAAACCAAGAAGAAGGAAGGGGGGGCCCUGCGGGCCCAGAGGGCAUCAUCCAAUGUCUUCUCCAACUUUGAGCAGACCCAGAUCCAGGAGUUCAAGGAGGCAUUCACCCUCAUGGACCAGAACCGAGAUGGCUUCAUUGACAAGGAGGACCUGAAGGACACCUACGCCUCCCUGGGCAAAACCAACGUCAAGGACGAGGAGCUGGACGCCAUGCUCAGGGAGGCCUCGGGGCCCAUCAACUUCACCAUGUUCCUGAACAUGUUUGGGGAGAAGCUGAGCGGCACGGAUGCCGAGGAGACCAUCCUCAACGCAUUCAAGAUGCUGGACUCUGACGGCAAAGGCAGCAUCAACAAGGACUACAUCAGGCGGCUGCUCAUGUCCCAGGCUGACAGGAUGACUGCUGAGGAGGUUGACCAGAUGUUCCAGUUCUCCACCAUCGACGCUGCAGGCAACCUGGACUACAAGGCACUGAGCUACGUGCUCACCCACGGGGAGGAGGAGUGA